AUGAUGGAACAUGAAAAUUCAAACAAAUCAUCUGAUGAUUAUCAAGAGACCACAUGCUCUAUACAAUGUGAUAUAUUACUUCAACAAAAUCAGUCUAUUCUUAAUGAAUAUCUUGAAUUUUGUUCGAUGCGAUUAGUUUUACCAAUACUCAACUUUCAUACAAAACAAUUACAUUUAUUUGGUUAUAGCAAAUCAAAUAUAGAAGCCGAAAAACGAUUCUUCGAACUACAAACAGAAUUACUUGUCGAAAAUACUAAAAAACAAAAUGUUGAAAGUAAUAUUCAUUGGUGGUACGAAGCAUGGGAUGCUACAUGGAAAUUAUACAAUUCUAAAAUGACAAAUGAAAUUGAAUAUUAUUACAAAUCAAAUAUAUUUAAUUUUAAAUUAAUCAACGACUUAGGUGAAACUGUAUCAAUUGAUAUUAAUAAAAUGGAAGAAAUAUAUAGUGGACGUAUAAAACGUAUUCGUCGAUUGAAGAUUGAUGAACAACAACCAAGUUAUUGGACUCUUACUCCAUUAAAUUUAGAACGAUUUAUACUUGAUGACAAAUCAGAUGAAUAUCUUUCAAUUAAAGAUAACUUUGAUCAAACAAUGAAAGGAUAUUAUACUAUAAUAAUAUAUAUUGAACGUAUUCAAAAUUCACGUUUAUUCAAACAAUUUUGUGUAUUACAUGAAGAUUUCAUAGCCAGAUACGGCAAAGAAGAAAACGGAACUAUGCGUUUUCUAUAUCAUGGUUGUCCUGAACCAGCUUCAAAAAAAAUUAUUGAAAAAGGUUUCAAUCGAAGUUAUUGUGGAAUCAAUGGUUGUUUGUAUGGACGAGGAGUAUAUUUCUCAAGUAAUGCUAGCUAUUCAAAUAGAUAUGCACAUUCAAAUGAAACAGAAGAAAAACGAAUAUUUUACAGUCGUGUUCUCAUUGGCCGAAGUAUGAUUGGUCAUUCGAAUAUAUGUGAACCGGAAGAUGGAUAUGAUACAACAACGGAUGGUACUCAUAUCUUUGUAUGCUAUUAUGAUAGUCAAGUAUGUAGAAAGCAAUCGAGUUAA